AUGUAAAUUGAAGUACCAGUUGUGUAUUAAUUCGAAUGCUUUCGUAAAGGAAAGAAGGAAAAUAAAAAAUAUAUGGGAUUAUUAAGACAAGAUAAAUUGGAUUUAUGUAAGGUAUAAUUUGUUGAUGAUUUUGAUAUUUUAGGAUAAUAAUCCAAAUUUUAAGUAUUCUUUACCUAUUUAAUUAUAAACUCAUAUAAAGUGGGAAGUUGAGGAGUACAAUUAAGAAGAGAAAAAGCAUUACAAAAUAGUCUCAUUCAAAUUUUAAUAAGUGCUUAAAUUUAUUCUAACAUUCUUUAGGUUAAAUAGAUAAAUGAAAAUCCUGUUGCAAAAAUAAUAACAUUUUAUGGGGAUGAUAAAACUCUGGCUACUUUAAAAGAGCAUUUGAGAAAUAAAAUCAUCUUUUAAAGGAUUCAAGACUUUUAUACUCCUCUCUAAACUUUAGGGAAAGGAGCUUCAUCUAGAGUAUUAUUGGUAAGACACAAGAAUACAGAGAAUUAUUAUGCAGCAAAAUGCAUUGAUAAAUCAUAUGUUAAUGAAACAGAAAAUGGAAUGGUAUUAAUUUAAACAUAGUUUAGGAAUCAAUGUUUUAAGAAAUAGCCAUAAAUAAUGAUCUAGACCAUCCUUCCUUUAUAAAAUUACAUGCAGUUUAUGAAGGGGAUAACACAUUUUAUAUGGUUAUGGAUUUAUUAGAAGGGAAAAGUUUACAUGAAGAAUUAAAUAAUCAUAAAAAUGGAUUCUCUGAAGAUAUAGUAAGGAACAUUAUGUGGGUAAUAAAUUUAAUAUUUUGAUAUAGUAAAUUUUAACUGGAAUUGAAUAUAUGCAUGAAAAAUAAAUUAUGCAUCGAGAUUUAAAACCAGAAAACAUUAUGUUAUUAAGAAAAGAUGAUUUAAAUUCUCUUAAAAUUGUUGAUUUUGGUUUAGCUACAUACUGUAAUGCAAAUAAGUAUAAAUAUUUAUAUGAAAUAAAAAGGUAUUUAUUUCCUAAAUGUGGCACUCCUGGAUAUGUUGCUCCAGAGAUUGCUAAUCUUGUUGACAAAACAUAUAAAUAUGAUAAGGUUUGUGAUAUUUUCAGUGCUGGUGUUAUAUUUUUUAAAUUGUAAAUUGAUCUUAAAUUUUAGAAUUACAGGAAAAGACUUUUUUCCAGGAGUUGGAUUUAAUUUAGUUUUAAAAUUAAAUAAAUAAUGUAAAAUUGAUUUAACUCCAUUACAAAUGAAAAAAGUUGAUCCAUCAAUCACAGUAUUUUUAUUUAUAUAUAAAAUUUUAAGAAUUUAAUACAAAAAAUGCUUGAGAAAGAUCCAACUCAAAGAAUAACUGCUACUCAAUGUUUAUAGGAUCCAUUCUUUAUUCCUUGUUAUCAAGAAAGCAGCAUCCAAGGACCAGCUAAAUUAACUGCUUUUCAGAAAAAGCAAAUGUUUUCUACAUGUGGAAAAGCCUUUACUACUGAAUUUUAAAAUGAAAAUUAAAAGGGAAGCCCUUAAGAUAGAAUAGAAAAUAAAGGAUCUUUUAUUACACAAGAAAAUUCUUAUAGACCAAUUUAUUAAAAUCAAUAGAAAAUUAUUUAAAAAUUUAAUACUACUGAAUUUGAUCAUAUUGACCCUACUUAAAGUCCAUCUAUGGAUCAAGUAAAGAAACGAUUUUAAAAAGGGGAUCCUAUUCAAGAAGAAGAUGAAAAAUGA